CACGUGGGGCGCGGGGCGGCGCGGCCGGCCGGGGCGGAGGAGGCGGCUGCGGCCUUUGAAUAGGGAAGUUGGGCAGCGCCGGCGCGGCCAGUCGUGGGCUGAGCGAGUCCGCGGGCAGCGCCGUGCACGCUCGGGCGCCCGCGCCGACCCCGCCGCCCGCCAUGGACGUGCUGCCCAUGUGCAGCAUCUUCCAGGAGCUGCAGAUCGUGCACGAGACCGGCUACUUCUCGGCGCUGCCCUCGCUGGAGGAGUACUGGCAACAGACCUGCCUCGAGCUGGAGCGCUAUCUGCAGAGCGAGCCCUGCUACGUGGCGGCCUCCGACAUCAAGUUCGACGGCCAGGAGGACCUGUGGGCCAAGCUCAUCCUGGCCCGGGAGAAGAAGGAGGACACGGGGCUCCCGCACCCGGGCAGCGCCCCUGAGGACCCCCUCAGCAGCCCCGGCUUCGCCUGCAGCCUGGAGACCAGCAGCCUGAACUCGGACGCCAGCAGCGAGGCCUCCGACAGCUCCGAGGAACUGUCGCCCACCUCCAAGUUCGCCUCCGACCCCCUCGGCGAAGCCUUGGCGGGCUCGGGGGGCCUGGGCAGCCCCCUGGCCUCCUCGCCCCCGUCGUCCCCCGAACUGAGCCGGGACCCGUCCCAGCUGUGGGGCUGCGGAUCUGGGGAGCUGCUUCCUGCCGGGAAGAUGCACGGGGGGACCGCGGGGAAGCCCGGGGACAAGGGCAGCGGGGACGCGUCCCCCGACGGCCGCCGCAGGGUCCACCGCUGCCACUUCAACGGCUGCAGGAAGGUCUACACCAAAAGCUCCCACCUGAAAGCGCACCAGCGCACACACACAGGAGAGAAGCCGUACCGAUGCUCCUGGGACGGGUGUGAGUGGCGUUUCGCAAGGAGCGAUGAGCUAACCAGACAUUUCCGAAAGCACACGGGCGCCAAGCCCUUUAAGUGCGCCCACUGUGACAGAUGCUUCUCCAGGUCCGACCAUCUGGCCCUGCACAUGAAGAGGCACCUGUGAACCGGCCGCCACCCCUGCGGCUAAGACGGCUCCGGGCUGCGGCCGGCCUGGCGGAGGCGCCUGCCAGCCAGAGCAGCUGCCUGGCCCCCUCCUGCCGGCCUCCAGGGCCCCUGGAUGGUCGUUGGUGGGAGGGCCGAGGUGUCCCCGCAGGAGCGCGGGGGGCAGUGGGGGAGGCCCGGCCGUGAGCACGGAGCGUGUGGGCGGCGUGACUGUGGCGGCCUGUCCCCGUGCGUGGGGCCAGUGCUCGGCGCCUCCCUGCGGGAGGCGGCUGGUGCGGUUUGAGUGUUGUGUGUGAGGCGUGCCCCCAGGAUCCUCCCGGGGGUCUGCACCUGAGGGGGGAUUAAAAAAAAAAAAGAAAACAAAAAAAGUUGUAAAGGCGUGGGGGGCGGGCGCGGGGCAGAGGAGGCUGGCUCUGAGAGGACCCGUGCGGGUGUGCCGUGCCCUGGGCGGCCCCAGGACCUUGCCACGCACGCACGGCAGGAGGAGGGGCCCUGCCUGGAUGACGCUUUCCUGUCAGAAUUGCCGCUGGUCACCGGGCACCGGAAACUCUUUUCUUUGUGGGGCCCAGUGGCCCCUCUCUGCCCUGCUGCGGACAGUUGGUCCGGGCGCACGGGCUCUGGAGGGUCCCCGUGCCGGGUGGGCCAGGCUGUCUUGGGUGCGAGUGGGGCCGGAUGCCGGUCUCGUGUUCACCGACCUGGAAGCUGCGGUUCUGCUCGGCGGGGUGGAUGGAACCACUAAAGCUUAGAAACUGUUUUCUCAUGCAGCUAAGUUUCUCUUAUUUAUGCCUUGAGGACUAAUCUCUGGUUUCCCAGCUGAAAUGCACUGCGGAUCUUAAUGGUGCCUUAGCAGGCCCUCGCGGGCUGCUCCAGGGGUGCAGGGGUGCAUGCUUUAUUAAGGCUCUUUUUUACACCUGGCGUUGUACUGUACCGAUGGAGACUCCUGAAAGCCCUCGUCCAGGCCCUCCCUCACGGACAGACAUCGGGGGGGCCCCCCAGCCUCGCGGGGCCCUCCAGCCGAUGCCCGGGAACAUCGGAGCUUUUCUACCACAGACUUUGGUGUCCACUUUGCACAACUCUUGUAUAGAUCACACGCCGACCGUGUUGGAUGCGUCUCGUUUCAUGCAUAGGAAAGAUACAGAAGUGUUAAAAAAAAAACAAAAAAACAAAAACUAUUAAAAAAUGAUGUUAAUGUAUUUGCUUACAAGGCACAAGGUUUAUGUACCUGUCUAGCUACCUGUUGGUGAUAGCGAAAGCAGCCCGCUGUGGACAGAAGCGGGCGGAACUCUUGUGUGUGUAUAUUUGUGUGUAUAGUAUAUAUGUGUGUAUAUAUAUGCUAUAUAUAGAUAAUAUAUAAAUAUUUUUUUAAGGAGAAAUUAGAAUGUUAGCUAGAGACUCCCAGCGCCAGGAAGCAGCUUCUCGGAGUGGCCUCGAGAGGGUGGAGCCCGCGGCUGGCCUCCUGCGUGCUGCCCCUGCGGCCGGCCUCCCGCUUGCUCUCAGACGGAGGUUUGGGUUGUGCGUUCCAGCUUUGCCGGAAGGUCUGGCCUGAGAGAAAGCUCAUCCCAAGCUUUCUUUUUUAAAACAUUUGGAUGCCCACCAACCUAUUUUUUUUCUAGCCCAGAGGUUUUCCAGCGAGUCACUUUCCCACACUGGGGUGCCGCUGUGGCCGGCCGAGUGGCCCCCUUUGGGUGCUGGGGUAGGAGAUACCCCAGCGGCCCGGCCGGGCUGUGUUGGGUUUGAUCUUCCUGGGAAUGAGCAACGCUGGGCGCUCACCUGACUGGUUUGUGAAAUCUGGGCUGACACGGGCGCUUACCGCGAGGGCCCGUCUGCCAUUCUGCGCGUGGGCUUGGGGUGGGCUUCGCUUUGGCUACUGAGAAUCCAGGUGUGGGACUGGCUGGUUUGGUAAAAUGUUUUAGGCCCUGUAUGUGUUCAGCUGUGUCCGUUCCCUUAAGCAAGGAGGUAAACUGAAGACCAAAAAUGAAAACAUAGAAGUAAAUUCAGGGGGUGGGGGGAGAAAGGCCCUCGGCCGCACAGACGCGUGCGGGGGGCUCGGGAGCUGUGGGGGGCGUGUGUGCGGGAGCCUGUCGUUUUGUAAGAAGUACAGUAAGAGCUACAUUCUGUUCAGGUGAUAACUGAGCCUCAAUCAAGCAGAAACUUUUUUUUUUGCUUGACGUUGAAAAAAAGAUUUCUAUUUGUGAGAUUUCUUUUUUCUUUUCUUUUGUUUCUUUUUUUUGGGAAGCACCCUGUUAUCUAAAGAAUCUUUGUAAGAUUUUUGUAAAAUUUUGUUUUACAAGAUUUUAUUUGAAAUUGUUUUUUGCAAGAUUGUUAUAUUUCUGUAUGAAUGUAUUUUUUAUUGGAAUAACAUAAAAGAAUUCUUAUCAGCG